AUUAUUAUAUUAAUAAUCCUAAAAACAAAUUAAAAGAAUAUUAUGAGAAAAUAAAAAAUCAUGUUAUAAAAAAGAAGAAGAAAAUAUUUUCUUUAAAAUUUUCACAAUAUAAAAGAAACGAAAAAAAGAAAAAUUAUUUUUUUAUAAAUUUUUCAAGUUUUCAUGAUAUAAAAGAUAAUAUAAAAGUAUUAUUUAAUAUAGACUAUAUAGAAAAUAAUAUUAUUUAUUCAUAUAUAAAAUCAUUUAAAAGAACACCUCCUAUAACAAAAAUAUAUUUAUUAAGUACUUUUAUUUUAAGUGUAUUAAUACAUGUAAAUAAAAAUGUAUAUAAAUUAAUAUUAUUUGAUUUUAAUAAAAUAUUUAAAAAAGGAGAAAUAUGGAGAUUAUUUACACCUUAUUUUUAUAUAGGUAAUUUAUAUUUACAAUAUAUAUUAAUGUUUAAUUAUUUAAAUAUUUAUAUGUCAUCAGUUGAAAUCUCACAUUAUAAAAACCCAGAAGAUUUCUUGAUUUUCUUAACAUAUGGAUAUAUAUCAAAUUUAUUAUUUACAAUCUGGGCAAAUAUGUAUAAUGAAAAUAUAAUGAAUCUAAAGCUACAUAUACAUAAUUUAAAAAAUUUCUUUAUCAAAGAUUAUACGUCAAAAUAUAACAUAAGAACUAAAACAAGUAAUAAUAAUAUUAACAUUAAUAGUAAAAAUAGUAGUAGUAGUAGUAGUCGUAGCAGCAGUAGUAGUAAUAAUAUUUAUCAUAAUAAUAACUCAAAAAAUAUUGAUAUUAAAAAAGAACAUUAUAAUCAUCUGGGUUAUGUUUUUUCAACGUAUAUUCUUUAUUAUUGGAGUAGAAUUAAUGAAGGCACAUUAAUAAAUUGUUUCGAGCUAUUUUUUAUCAAAGCAGAAUAUGUCCCCUUCUUUUUUAUAAUACAAAAUAUACUUCUAUAUAAUGAAUUCUCUCUUUAUGAGGUAGCUUCUAUUUUCUCAAGUUACCUUUUUUUUACUUAUGAAAAACAUUUAAAAUUUAACUUUUUAAGAUUAUUCUUUAAAACUUUUCUCAAGACUAUUCGUGUGUAUCCUUUAUAUGACAGAUACAAGGAGGAGUACGAAUAA